GACGAUAGCUCCACUUAAUAUUAAUGUCGUCUGCAACGCUAUGCUUGAACGUUCGUGGUGAAAGCAUGUGAAUCACGUUUACUACAAGAUAGAGGUCGGUGAUUGGCGAUGCCUGAGAUAAUGUCAUUAUCAUCUUAAAAUCUGUGAAAGAGGCUGUAGUUAGAAGUUAUUCAGUGGUCAAUAUUUAACCGCUAUUUCAAUACAGGGCAUCUAUAACAGGUUUUCCUAAUCCCAUACAAACAUCUCGACUGUGCUCAUCUAUGUCACUGCUUGACUUCAGUCUUUUGUAAACUGCUGGAAAGAUUUUAUUAUCAGAAUGGGAAUAUCCACAUUAAGAAAGUCAAGCGCACUCAAUUCAGCAGCAGUAAAUUUGUUAAGAAAUAGUGGAAAUGUACAGGCGAGCACAAAGGCAACAAUUAACAAUUUGCGCGCAAGAUCGUUGGAAACAGAAGCACAGACAAAUUGGCAUCACAAAAUCACCGUGACGGAGAAAAGCACAAAGAAAAGAGGACAAUUUAUUAAGCUGGAAGUGUCUGUUAUUGACACUCAUCCAGGUGAAACAGACCGACCGACAGUAGUGGCCGUUCACGGGAGUCCAGGGUCAGGAAUGGACUUUGAACCCCUUAUUUCUCAUCUUGUAGAAAGUGGAGUUCGGUUUGUUGCUCCCACAACACCAGGAUUUGAACCAAGCAUUGUGGAACCAUGGAAACUGCUACAUCUGGAUUACUCCACAAAGGGGCGAGCUUUGUUGUUGGAAAAAGUUCUGAAAGAAAUCAGCGUUGACAGGAUAGAUCUUCUAAUGUCCCACAGUGCUGGAACUUGGACUGGAUAUAAGAUGGCAGCUGAGUGGGAGUGUGUGAAAUCUGCUUGCUUUUUGAACCCUUGUGGAGCAAGACCACACAAGUCUCUCCGUCCAUUUGCAUUUGUGCAAACCCUGGCUUGGAUUUUGCAACAGAGAAGUCUGCAUUAUCUUUUGAUGCCACUGAUGGAAAGAGUCUACCAAAAAAUAGGAUUUACUGGCAUCAAAGGGGGAGACCAUAUUGUUGUUGCACAGAAAAUUGUAACUUCGCAAGGAUUUGAAGAUAUGCCGAAAUAUGCUUAUAAGAUACGAGAGCGAAAACUUCCACUAGUGUUUGCCUUCACCUUGAAUGACAAGAUUGUUGAGACACCUGUGUCAAAAGAAAUGUUCCUGAAUCAUCUAGGAGUACCUCAGCAUAACCUCACUAGGUUCAGUGCAGAUCAGACUCCAAGUGGGAACUCUUUUUGUGCGACAGAAGAUGGCUGGGUAGCAAGGGGCCUGCUCUUUGAACGUGGAGGUCAUGUUGUGCAUAAAGCCUACUCUAAGAUCAUUCUGGAACAUAUAGCGGAUCUUCUGGCACAUGCACAAAAGUCUUGACUGAAACAUGUGUUGGCUUUUCUUCUGUCCAUAUGGAUACACAAUAAAAAUCUGUGAUAAUUUAUGUUCUAGUGGACUUUGUGUACACAAAUUUUUCUGUUUUAUUAAUGAGGAAAAAUGUAAGUCAUCCUGAGAGUCUAGGAAGACUGUCAUGUCAAGAUGCGUGAGAUUCUUGUCAAGACUGGGCUGCCACUGUAGAAGCUUAGCAUGGGGGAAACAAAUGAUGAGUUUUUGAGUUUUCAAGCAAUGUGGUAAAUAAAGGGCAUGCCGUUAAUGCUUCACUGUGAACAGAGCAAUGAAAUAGUUACAUGCAUAAGUUAUAGAGCUGCAUACCUAGGAUUUCUCAUCAAACAUUCACCCUGAUACAGCCUUCACUGUUGGUCUAAACAUGGAAGUUUUUUGUAAUAUCAAUGUUACAUGUUUUAGCCAAGAUUAUUCCAACACUGUUUAUAUAGUUAGUACAUAAUACACCAUGCCUGAGUUUAGUUGGGUGUUAUAUUAGUGAGUUGUGCUUAGCCAGUAUAAAGCUAGGAUUAAAAAAAAAAAAAAAUCAGGCAAAUGUUAGCUCCCAGUGUUAGGUACCAAUGAAUAAUAAAUAUUAUAGCUAAGGAAAAA